GCCAUCCCGCUGACUGCGAGGCUUUCCUUUAUAAGACUCCGAUGAUACUAGUUUGGAGGGCUUCCGGCCGGAGACCAUUAGCAGAGACACCCGGAAGGCGGAAGUCUUAGGGCGGAAGUGGCCGAGAGAAAAGGAGAAUGGCGGCCGAGGCCUGGCUUUGGCGCUGGGGCUGGGGCCAGCGGUGCCCAGGGAGGCCUGGGCUUCCUGGCCCCGGCCCAGGCCCCACUACACUUCUACAUUUCCUUCUAUUGCUGGGUCCGGUGGCUGCGGACAUAACCGACGGCAACAGCGAGCACCUUAAGCGGGAGCACUCCCUCAUCAAGCCCUACCAAGGGGUCGGGUCCAGCUCCAUGCCGCUCUGGGACUUCCAAGGCAGCACCAUGCUGACGAGCCAGUACGUGCGUCUGACCCCCGACGAGCGCAGCAAGGAGGGCUCCAUUUGGAACCACCAGCCGUGUUUCCUCAAGGAUUGGGAGAUGCACGUCCACUUCAAGGUCCAUGGCAUUGGGAAGAAGAAUCUCCAUGGAGAUGGCAUCGCCUUGUGGUACACCCGGGACCGCCUGGUACCAGGACCUGUGUUUGGAAGCAAAGACAACUUCCAUGGUUUAGCCAUCUUCCUGGACACGUACCCCAAUGAUGAAACAACGGAGCGUGUGUUCCCGUACAUCUCGGUGAUGGUGAACAAUGGCUCUCUAUCAUACGAUCAUAGCAAAGAUGGACGCUGGAGUGAGUUGGCAGGCUGCACAGCGGACUUUCGCAACCGGGACCAUGAUACCUUCCUGGCUGUCCGCUAUUCCCGGGGCCGCCUUACUGUGAUGACGGACUUGGAGGACAAGAACGAGUGGAAAAACUGUAUCGAUAUCACAGGAGUGCGCCUGCCCACCGGCUAUUACUUUGGCGCCUCUGCGGGCACCGGCGACCUGUCUGACAACCAUGACAUCAUCUCCAUCAAGCUGUUCCAGCUCAUGGUAGAACGCACGCCUGAGGAGGAAAGUAUUGACUGGACCAAGAUCGAACCUGGGGUCAACUUCCUCAGGUCCCCUAAAGACAACGUGGAUGACCCCACUGGAAAUUUCCGAAGCGGUCCCCUGACGGGGUGGAGAGUGUUCCUGCUGUUGCUGUGUGCACUCCUGGGCAUCAUUGUCUGUGCUGUGGUGGGCGCCGUGGUGUUUCAGAAGCGCCAGGAGCGGAACAAACGCUUCUACUGAGUGGCCAGUCUGGCUGGAAGGGCCUGACCUUGGGCCAGAGCUCUUAAAUGAACUUUUUUUCUACUGGGAUUGUAAAAUCAACCAACCAACCUUAUUUCUUAACUGUUUCAAAGAAAUAAUUAAAGUAUUUUCAUACAUUUUGCUUCUGGCCCAGCUGAGACAGCUGGCAGGACUGGGGCUCAGGGCUCCCCUACAGCUGGAGGCUCUUGCCCCAUCUCGAGGCAUGCUCCUGGGAGCAGGGGAGUCUGUACUUGGGGCCCAGCUGAGGCCCUGCGGGUGACUGUCAAACACAAGAGGUUCUGUGUACUCAUGGUUGGCUCCUUAGGGUCCUGGGAGUGGUUUGGUUUGGAGGCACACAGGGUUUGGGAUUUUGGGCCUUCUUCCCUGUAGCUUUUUACGAAGACAAACCUCAGCUAAGGCCGAGGACAGGGCCCAGGGUGUGACGGUUUCCUAAAUAAAGAAGCCAAUCUCAGCCUCAUGA